AUUGGACCAUGCGGAGUAAAUGCUGAUUGCAAAGUACUUGACACGUCUCCGGUGAGGACUAUGAUCUGCGAGUGUAUUCCUGGAUACAGAGGAAACGCGGUCGUUCGAUGCGAUAAAACCAAUGUAUGUCCGGUGGAGAAAGGUGAAAUUAUUGACGAAUAUGGAAACUGUAUCUGUCCGCCUGGGUCGGCUAAGGAUGAAACAGAAGUCUGUGUUCCGUGUCGCAAACAGUCCGGUAUGAUUAUCAACGAGGAAGGUUACUGCGUGUGUGCUUUG